UUAAUGUCAAUUAACGUGUUGAUACCGUGUCUAUCAGUUGAUAGACGGAACUGAAGAAAAACAAGUUUCAUCUUUAGAUACCCGAAUCUGAAAUACCAGCAGCAAACUCCCAAAUCAGUUGAUAAAAAGAAAGAAAAUCAGAGAUGAGAGGAAGGAGCCACGGAAAUUACACGAACCCAUGUUUAACAAUGCAUCAGCCAUGGGCUUCCCUUUUAGUUUAUGGUAUCAAACGCAUUGAAGGCAGGUCUUGGCCCUCUCCCGUUCGAGGCCGCCUGUGGAUUCAUGCUGCAAGUAAAGUUCCAGAGGAAACUACGAUCAAAGCAAUGGAGGAUUUCUAUAGAGAAAUCUAUGUGGUGAAUGGCAUUACUGAUAUUAAAUUUCCAGAACACUAUCCUGUUUCAAGACUUCUGGGAUGUGUUGAAGUGGUUGGCUGUGUUAGAUGUGAAGAACUAGCAAGCUGGGAGGCGAUACCUGAAGGGGCAAGGUUAGAAGGACAAACAGACUUUUGCUGGCUUUGUGAACAGCCACAGAAAUUGCUGGUUCCAUUUGAGAUGAGGGGAUAUCAAGGUGUUUAUAACUUGGAAAAGAAGAUAUUUGAGGCUGCAGUUAGAGGUCUUACCCCAGUUAAAGGUCCAAUGCCAGUAACAUUUCCCCUUCCAAAUCCUUGCGAUCCUUUUUCCUUAAAACCGGGCUCUAUUUCCAUGCAAUUACUUGACAAAGCAUCUCAAGUGGAGAAAUCAGCAAGUCUCACUACAGCCAUUGCUGGUGCACGUGCAGCAGCUACCCAGUUCAACAAGAAAGGUCAAAAUCUCCCAACAAAUAAUGCCCAGAAUAGCAAUUCUAAUGCUGCAAGAAGUGAUCCAGUGGAAACCAAACCCUUGGAAGAACAUAAAUUGCAACAGGAUAAAUCAUAUGAAGAUUUUAACGAUGAAUCUUCAGUGCCAAAGGAGACAGAGCAAACCAAUUGCAUCAAAUAUGAGGAAAGCAGUAGUCACAGUCGAACCCGUUUAGAUAUGAAACAGUUUCCUGGAGCACCUGCAAAGAUUUUUGCUGCAGCAGUCCGAGGGCUCAAGCCAUCUUAAACUUAUUCUGGUUCCUGUCUAGAUCUCUAAUGCAAGUGGCAUCCAGAAGAAAGUCAUUUCUUGCAGAGAUGCAAGUUAGCUUCGGGCAAAUGAAGAUUUAAUGUUUUCUGUUUUCUUCUUCUUCUUCUUCCUUUCCCCCCCUCUAGCACUUCUACACUAGUUUAGGUGUUGGUAUUACUGGGGUUGCCAAUGACCCAUUGUUUCGGUAGAAUAUAUAAUUUUUUUAAAUUUUUUUUUAACUAGGUUACAUUUUAUUAAUAGGAUUAUUGUGGUAAAGAGGGGCUUUAUAGAGUUGAGUUGUUAAUAAGAAUGUAUCUGGAUUCAUGUAGAUGUCACUGUAUUGAUAGGAACUUGUAUUGUAUAUAUUUUCCGUUUGUAAUUCUCUUGACCUCGUGUUCCCCACAGGCCACAACCUUUAAGUUACCAUCUGGGCUUGAUAAUGAUCACCAUGCUAGUGCUGCUUGCCAUUA